GUAGCAUGUGCUGUUUACCCUAUUCUCUCAAUCUCCCCGGUCCCAGUCCUCCCCUCCGGUAUCCCAGGCACUAGCAGUAGAGGCUUUAUGAGCAUCUGGAAAUCCUGUGGUGCUGGUCACUGUUGGUCCUCGUGUGGAGUUCUGCAAGGUGUCCCCUGGAGUGUGUCACAUCCUGGGAGCUUGAAAGGAACCCAGAGUGCAGGGCUGUGGCUGCUGUCUACACUUCAAGAGGCCACUUGCCGAUAGCUACUGUAUGUCUCUUGCCUGCCUCUCCUGCUCCUGGAACACCUCCCUCUAGGAGGCCCAAGAUGCCAUAUUCUAGUUUGCAUCCAUCCAUCCCACGUCCCAGAGGUAACCGAUCCAAGCAGGCAGCCUUGGUCUUGCUGGUGACCAGCCUGACGAUCCUUUGGGGGCUCGGUGACUCACCGAAUCACAUUCUCCAGUACCUGGUAUUCCAUCUGGCCUCCCUGCAGCUUGGACAACUGUUGAAAGAGGCCUGCUGUCUGACUGAAGAGCUGCAUCAUGUUCACUCCAGGUAUCAGAGCAACUACUGGAAGGCUGUGUACGCUUGUCUGGGCUGCCCCAUCCGCCGUAUGGCCCUGCUGCUGCUGUCUGUCUAUUUCUACUGCUUCCUCCCAAAUACUACUGGCCUGAGUCUCAGUUGGAUGCUCACCUUCCUGGCCCUCUCAGAGUCCCUCAACAUCCUUCUGGGCCUCAAGAACCUCGCCCCAGCAGAAAUUUCUGCCAUCUGUGAAAAAAGAAACUUCAAUGUUGCCCAUGGGCUGGCCUGGUCAUACUACAUCGGGUACCUUCGGCUCAUCUUGCCAGGGCUCCAGGCCAGGAUCCAAAUGUUCAACCAGCAACACAACAACAUGCUACGGGGAGCAGGGAGCCGAAGGCUGUAUGUUCUCUUCCCGUUGGACUGUGGGGUGCUUGAUGACCUGAGUGUGGCUGACCCCAAUAUUCGCUUCCGAGAUAAACUGCCCCAGCAAAGCAUAGACCGUGCUGGCAUCAAGAAUCGGAUUUAUUCCAACAGUGUCUAUGAGCUUCUAGAGAAAGGGCAGCCAGUAGGCGCCUGUAUCCUGGAGUACGCCACCCCCUUGCAGACCUUGUUUGCCAUGUCACAGGAUGGGAAAGCUGGCUUUAGUCGGGAAGAUCGGCUUGAGCAGGCCAAACUCUUCUGCCGGAUACUUGAAGACAUCCUGGCUGAUGUCCCUGAAUCUAAAAACAAUUGCCGCCUCAUUGUUUACAAAGAACCUCAGGAGGGAGACAGUUUCUCCCUGUCUCAGGAGGUUCUCCGGCACAUUCGUCAGGAAGAACGGGAGGAAGUGACCAUGAAUGACCUCCAGACCUCAGUGGCGUCCCACUCCUCCGUGCUGUCCCAAGAGCCGAGACUCCUCAUCAGUGACAUGGAGCAGCCGCUCCCACUCCGCACAGACCUCAUCUGAGGCAUGGGGCAGCCUUGCCUGAGCUGCUGGUGAUCCUUCAGCAUUCUGACUGGGGCUUCCCUCAGUGACUGAGGGGGUGACUCACAGAGAUCUCACAUCUCCUGACAAGUCCCACAUUCCUGGGCGAGCCAUUGUAUGUAUCUGAGCCUCAGCCUACUCCCCUAUAGAAUGGGAUCAUAGGGUUCUUGUGAGGACUAACCAUGUAGAAGCUUGGUGUCAAUUGCCAGGUAAAACUAAGAGAUAGGUCAAGUAUUUGCCACCAUGGAUGCUCCAGCAUUCUCUGUUCCUUGUCGCCCUGUCUGGAUGGGACCAGCGGACCAGCUUCUGGUCAUGUGUGUUCAAUGGGAGCUUCAGCAGAUGAAUGGAGGGAGGGAGGAGGGCACAUUAGGAACAUGCAUUCUGUUAGCUGUAUGUAGUCGCAGUGGGCUGUCCUGCCAGGCCACCUUUUCAGUAAACAUAUCUGUUCUCAUGGUUUUGGAGGAGCCUCUUCCCCUUGUCCCUAGCACUGGUAUUUGUGUGACACUGAAGAAGUUACUCUCAGCCGGGCGGUGGUGGCGCACGCCUUUAAUCCCAGCACUCGGGAGGCAGAGGCAGGCGGAUCUCUGUGAGUUUGAGACCAGCCUGGUCUACAAGAGCUAGUUCCAGGA